CAUGCGCGUCCAAUUACUCGUAAGCACUGCAUCAGAAUUAAGUCCUGGAACAUAGCUUUAACCAAGAAAUACAUUUGGAGCCAAACUGAUAGUUUUUGCGUUUAUAUAUAGGCUACUGUAUUUAUUUAUUGAUUUAUCCCUAUUGAUUUUUAUAUUCACACGCGUCUCUCGAUCACCCAGACACAUUUUUAUUAAUAGUAAUUGAUUUGAAAUGGAAGAAAGAUGUCGUCCAAUGUUGCUGUGCGGUGCUCUCGCUCUUCUUUGCGCGCUGGUGUCCUCUGCCGUGGACAGACAGUAUCUGAACGAAUGGGCGGUGGAGAUUCCAGGAGGAUCCGUCGCUGCCCGAGCCAUCGCCGACGACCUGGGCUACAAAUUAGUCCGACAGAUUGGAGCGCUGGAAAACCAUUAUUUGUUCAAGAGGUACAAUCACCCUAGCAGGACCAAAAGAAGUGCAAAUCAUAUCACCAAACGUCUGUCUGAGGAUGACAGGGUGUCUUGGGCUGAACAGCAGUAUGAGAAACGGAGGGCCAAGCGUGCUCCACUGGGGCCAGAAUGUAAGGACUGCUCUGUGGACAAACUCUUUGACGAUCCUAUGUGGAACCAGCAAUGGUACCUGCAAGACACUCGGACGUCUUCAUCCCUCCCCAAACUGGACCUGCACGUGAUCCCGGUCUGGAAGAAGGGCAUCACGGGCAAAGGCGUUGUCAUUACUGUGCUGGAUGAUGGCCUGGAAUGGAACCACACUGAUAUUUACCCCAACUACGAUCCUGCUGCUAGCUACGACUUUAAUGACAAUGAUCCCGAUCCCUUCCCCAGAUAUGACUCCACUAAUGAGAACAAGCAUGGCACCAGAUGUGCUGGCGAGAUUGCCAUGCAAGCAGACAACAACAAAUGUGGUGUCGGAGUGGCCUACAACUCGAAAGUGGGAGGAAUACGAAUGUUGGACGGCAUUGUGACCGAUGCCAUUGAAGCUAGUUCUAUUGGCUUCAACCCUGAACACGUGGACAUCUACAGUGCCAGCUGGGGCCCUAACGAUGACGGGAAGACCGUGGAGGGGCCCGGCCGUCUGGCCCAGAAGGCUUUUGAGUACGGUAUCCAGAAGGGGCGUGGUGGGAAGGGCUCCAUUUUUGUGUGGGCAUCGGGAAAUGGUGGGCGUCAAGGCGACAACUGCGAUUGUGAUGGAUACACAGACAGUAUCUACACAAUCUCUAUCAGCAGCGCCUCCCAGCAGGGUCUCUCUCCAUGGUAUGCGGAGAAAUGCUCCUCUACGCUGGCCACAGCAUACAGUAGCGGAGACUACACUGACCAGAGAAUAACUAGUGCCGAUUUGCACGAUGAAUGCACUGAGACACACACUGGAACGUCUGCGUCUGCCCCAUUGGCUGCUGGGAUAUUUGCCCUGGCUUUGGAGCAGAACCCUGAUCUGACCUGGCGAGACCUUCAGCACUUGGUAGUUUGGACGUCUGAGUUUGAUCCCCUGGCCAAUAACCCAGGCUGGAAGAGGAAUGGAGCUGGAUUGAUGGUCAACAGUCGUUUCGGCUUCGGCCUGCUGAACGCCAAAGCCCUGGUUGACCUGGCCGAUCCCAAAGUCUGGGAGCAUGUUCCAGAAAAGAAACAGUGCAUCGUCAGAGAUGAGAGCUUCCAACCAAGACCAUUAAAGGCAGCAGGUGAGAUUAGCAUUGAGAUCCCCACUAGGGCAUGUCCAGGACAGGCCAGUUCCAUUGCGUCUUUGGAGCAUGUGCAGGUGGAAGUGAGCAUCGAGUACACACGGAGAGGAGACCUUCACAUCACCCUAACAUCUCCAUCAGGUACCACAACAGUCCUUUUGGCAGAGAGAGAGAGGGACACGUCAUCCAAUGGUUUCCAGAACUGGGCCUUUAUGUCCGUGCACACCUGGGGAGAGAACCCCACUGGCACAUGGACCCUGAAGAUUACAGAUAUGUCAGGACGAAUGGAGAAUGAGGGUCAGAUUCUCAGCUGGAAGUUGAUUUUGCAUGGCACGUCUGGAAAGCCGGAGCACAUGAAGAACGCGAGGGUGUACACACCAUACAAUGCAGUGCAAAACGAUCGCAGAGGAGUGGAACCCAUGGAAGACAUGAUCAAGGAAUCUCCCACCCCAUCUCACAAACCUGGAAAUUCAAGUCCAGUAGCCCAAGACUCAUUCCCUUCCACUGCUUCUGCCAGUGUCCCAGAGGGAAAUCAGGCUGCUGGCCCCUCCACUGCCAGUCUGGCCCUGCUACGCCUCCUCCAGUCGGCCUUCAACAGACAGACCCCUGCGAUUCCUCCCCACAUACUGGCUGCAUCUCCCAAGGUCUUGCAACAUGAAAGGAUCUCUCCUCAGAAGCUAUACCAGGCCCUUGACCAGCUAAACCGAUACAGGGGCUCCGAGAACGGCCUGUUUAGUGACUACAGUGACAGCUUCUACAGAGCGCAGCCAUACAGGCACAGAGAUGACCGGCUGCUGCAGGCACUGUUUGAUAUGCUCGAAGACGACAAGCAGUGAGAUGGGUGGAGGGAGAACUGAAAGAAGGAGUAGUUCACCCAAAAAUGAAAAUUCUGCAUCAUUUCCUCAACAUCAUGUUGUUCAAUACCUCUAUGACUUCCUUUCUUACAUGAAACAUGAAUGCAGAAGUUAGGCUGAAAAUUAUUCUCAGUCACUAUUCACUUCUAUUGCCUUUUUUCAUACAAUGAAAGUGAACGGUAACUAAGGCUGUCAGUACAUAACAUUCUGCCAAACACCUCCUUUUGUGCUCCAUCAAAGAAGUCAUACAGGUCUGAAAAAACUUGAGGAUGGAGUUUACAAUUUUGAGUGAACUAAGAGGUAGAUGUAAGGGGACUAAAGAUGAGGGGGAUGAAGUAACAGGGCACAGAGAAUAGUGUGUUCUCUUCCAGACAAGCUUGUUUUUAUUUGCACAUGUAGUUAUCAACUAUACGCAUUCUAAGGCCUGUAUCUGUCAGUGUAUGAAAAUAUCUGUGGUGAACUGCCAGCUGUAUUUAUCCCUCAGUUUUGAAUCAGGUUACUAAGACUAAAAAAAGAAAAGAAGAAAAAACUAUCAGCCAGUGUCACAUGACUAAUUAAAUUACCAAUCAUGGCCUCUCUUACCCUUCACCAUAUUGUUGUGUUCUCAUGAUGCCUUUACUGCAUGCUUAUAAAGCAUUAACACUAGGAUGUUAAGACAAAAAAUUCAAAGACAAUUAUUGUUUUUGCGAUUUAGGAGGGAGACUUCAUCUUCAUCAAAAUGCUAAUUGACAUGAAAUCCUACCAGCCAGCAGAGAUCAGUACAAACAAAGUUUUGUCAUUAAUCUCUUAUUAUUUUAUUACAUAAAAUAAAUUAUAGCAUAAUAAUUAUAAUUCUAAAACAGGGUUUCCCAACCAAGUUUAUUUUCCUCACCUUUUCUCCCCAAUUUGGAAUGCCCAAGUCCCAAUGCCUCUAUGUCCUCGUGGUGGCGUAGUGACGAAUCUCAGUUUCCUCCUUGUCUGAGACCAUCAAUCCAGGCAUCUUAUCACGUGGCUUGUUGAGAAUGUUACCGUUGAGACAUAGCCUGUGUGGAGGCUUCACGCCAUUCACCGCGACAUCCGCGCACAACUCACCACGUGCCCCACCGACAGCGAACCACACAUUAUAGUGACCACGAGGAGGUUACCCCAUGUGACUCUACCCUCCUUAACAACCUGGCCAAGUUGGUUGCUUAGGAUACCUGGCUGGAGUCACUCAGCACACCCUGGAUUGGAACUUGCGACUCCAGGGGUGGUAGUUAGCAUCUUUAAUCACGUUACUAAUUACUUUACUUUUUGUUUCACAAAAGGUUAUGCACUCAACGCCUCACAAUUCUCCUCCACAAUGACUCAUCACGGGGCCAUAAUUAAUGUAUUCUACUUAAAUAAUUUUAACAAAUCAGGUUCUUAAUGUGGAAAGGAGGAAAGGGGGACCAGUUGAACAAUCUUUUCAGCAUCACAUUCAAUACACAAGUGCUUUACACUACUUUUUUGCUGAAAAUUACUUUGUAAUUUGAUUACUCCCAAGCAUCUUAUGUCUGGCUGAUGUGCGUGUGCUAUGAGGGCACUGAUUUCGUUAUGUUUGCGCCUUUUAUCCACACUACAUUGGCAUUUUCCUUCACCAAAAAUUUUAUGUUUUGAAAAAAACUUUUCAUUACCACAUACUUUGGAAAACGAUGAUGUUAAAGGUGCAGUAAGUAAGAUUCAGAAUCCCUUGUUAUUAAUGACACUUGUGGCCGUUAAGUGAACUGCAGCCAGCUACCGGUUGCUUGCGCUCAUGCACACACUCCAUAGGGACGCAAGCGAGCAAGCAUCGACCAAAACAAUGACAUAACGUACAAAGAAGCUGAACGUGAUUCACCGGCAUCAUGCUGACAGAUGAGGUAGCAUAAUUAAAAUUAUAGUUCUGAUUAUUUUACUACAAACUUUGAGACUAAACUAAAACUAAUUAUCAGCUAAUAUACCAUACUGAUACACACAUACACAAAUCGAUCCUUAUGGCACUAUAUUUCACAUGCUUUGUAGUUAUGUAAGCUUACCUGUCCAAUAAAAACACAAAUUCAGGAUCGGUUUUGAUCCCCAAAACCGAAUGAAGGUCCCUCCAGGAAUCAAAUGCCCUGCCGAUGUUCACUCUAGUUUUCACUCGACCACGAUCAUGUUCCCACUUAGCCAGACUGGAUUCACUAGAUAAAUGUUUUAGUUUGUGUAGGAGUCGGUGUUGUUCUGGGAGCCGGUCGUUUGCUGGAUUCCAUCUCUAAGAUAAUGUUACCUAGUGUUGCUGUUGAAUAGCGGAAGAGAAGCUAUUACUGAGGCAAGGCUCUCGGGAGCAUGCAUAAAUGUCACAUCCUUUGGAUUUUCCCGGCAAAAGCAACCCGCUCCCUUCACAUGAAAAUCAGUUUACAGACUUUAACAGGCAACCUAGGAAGUCCGGGAAGGGCUAAUUUUUUGAGUUGCGUUACAAGCUGUUUUUACAUAUUGCACCUUUAAGAAACUAAAAGGUGACUUUUCAAUGAGUGUGUAUGAGAGGUACGGCCACGUUCACACUAAUCCAUUUUCGUUUGAAAAUGCAUUGAUUUUGCUACAUUUACGCCUCUUCCACAUACUAUGGAAAAUGAUGAUGAUCGCGAUCUAAACGUUUUCAAACUAAACGGAUAGUGUUAACUCUGCCUUAGUUCACCAAUAAAUGUACUUAAAAUAAUUCAUAAAAUGACACUUUGAUCUCAAGAUAUUUUUCUUUAAAUUAUAACAUACUAACAAUUUCAGCGGGAACUUCAAGUAAACAAUUUAGGUCGUAGAAUUUUAGGAAACCCAUGAUUAAAGGACAUUAGUUACUCCUGGUUAUACUGUGCUAGUAGAUCACACUCAGGAUCACUAAACUCUAGAUUACAAAAUACUGAGGAUAUGUACCUAUGUUCCAAAUUUCUCUGCCCUUUUUUGCACAACUCUCUUUAGAAAUAUGCACUUUAAAAACAAGCUAUAGCUACUUCUUUUAUGAUUUUCAAACUCAUAAUGUUUUCAAAAAAUACACAAAGAGAAUCUUACAUCCCAAAUGAGUAUGUAUCAACUGAUUUUGUAUAUUCCUAGAUUCAUACAACAAAGAUAAAGGUUUAUUUUUCUAAGAGUUCAAGUAGUUUAUGAGAGUAAACAGAUAAUAUCUAUAUAGAAGCCUAUAACUGUGUAUUAUAUCACCAUUUACCUCAUAGAAGUCAUAAUUCCUGCCUGUCUCUUUAUGAGUAUGUGUCGUUGUACCUUUAACCAGCAAUGUUGGAUCUAUUUCCAAUAAAUUUAAUCCAGCUGUUGUGAUGAUGCAACUUGAAAGUUCUUGCUCUAUUCUAUAUUUACCCUAUAUUAGCGUACAUGCAAAGCAGCUGCACAAUUUUGAGUGAUGUGUUAAUUAAUUUCCCAGGCUGACUUUUUCAGUUAAAUUGCAAAACGCAACUCAGAACCAUUGCUCUAUUUAUAUUCUUAAAGAUAUAUUAUAUAAUUGCUGGAUGAGCCAGAUUUUCUUCAUGGUACUGUAUGACCUAACCAAUGCCUUCUAAACUUUCCUUAAAAUACUUCUAUGUUGUUUCAGCACAUAUUUUAACACAUAUUUGUUUUUAGCUUUAGAGAGAAAUCUUCAUAAAAUUAUGGAUUGUAUCUUUCAAUGGCUGGGUUUUGAUUGGCUCUGUGACUGCAGUCCCCCUCCUCUGCUAGCCAAUAGAUUGCAUAAAGGUUACAGGACAACUUCAAUAAGUGACGGUUUACAUUUACCCUGUAAUUUUUCCAGUGUGGUCAUUGUUUAUACUGAUUGAUGCUUCUGUCCCAAAUUGUUUACAAGAGCUCGUAUAGUUUAAUGUAUCUAUAUUAAAUAUGACUUUUAUCAUAAUAAAAUAAACAGUAACA